AUGUUCUGUAUCCACGAUAUUCGACAACCGGCUGUAUUCAAUAUAACGAUGCAUAUAUUGUGUCUUAUUAUGGUUUUAGGGCUAAGUUCAAGAUUUUGCAAUGGACUAAAUGUUUCUCAAUCCAGUGAUGAGAUUGACUUGGGUUCAUCAACAAUUCUGGCAACUGACACUCUCUCAGACACAAGUAGCUCAGAUGUAGUGACUUCAAAUUUAGGUGAUACUACUCAAUCUCAUUCGGCUAAAACUCAUAAAACAGCCUAUAUUACAACUGAUAUCGAAACAUCUACUGGAACGGUCAGUUAUACAACUAAUGAGACUACAGAAGAUGAAACCACAUUUUAUGAAAAUUCAACCUAUAUGCUUGCAACCACAAAUACUGAUACCACAACUACGCCUAAACCUCCACCAAAGAAAAAAUUAGGUCUCAUUCUUGGUCUUUCACUUGGCCUUGGAUUACCAUUGAUUGCUGGCAUAGUUGUUGCUACUGUUUGCUGGAAGCAUAAAAUAACUUCAACUUGGCAGACAGUGAAAACGUUAUUUUAA